GCCACGCGCGUGCAGAUGCAGAUGUUCUGCAGUGCAUCCCCUGCGCCAACUGGAUCUCCUCACCAAAGCAGGUGGUGUGGUACGUCAGCUUCUUUCUCUUGAAGAACCUGGCCCUCUUCGUUUCGGCGGUUGUCAGUGUGGAGGGCAGCGGGGGCAAAAGGGCCGCCAGUGCCACGCUGCUGAAUCAGGCCAUGUCCUUCGCCGCUGUAGCCGGUGUGACCAUGUCCGGCGCCAUGCAGACGGGCACUUUCAAGAACGAUCUCAACAAUGCAGCAAAGGUUGCCCUCCACCUGUUGGCUGUGCCGGCAUCCGUCGCCCAGGGGCAAGGCUCCAGUGAUGGCGGCGGCAGCAGCAUGUCAGGCCAGUGCCUGCUUCAGCUGCUUAACAUGGACAGUGGCAUCCACGACGUCCACAUGCUAAUGUCCCUCUGGCCAGCGCUGCUUGUGGCAGGUCUCGCCGUGUUGAAGGGCGGCUGGCUUGCGGCCGUGGUUGGAAGCAACGUGUUCCUGCCAGCCUUCAUCGCCGGAUUCGGAAAGUACCUCGUGGCUUUCCGGCUGCGGCCUGAAUCAGAAAACGAGGCACUGCAUCUGGAUUUCCUUCCCCCCGACCCGCAGAUGAGUUCCUACGUUCCGCUGCGGAUCGCAGCAGUGCUGGGUGCCAUCGUGGGUUUCUCCGCGCUGAGCGUGUGCAGCUGGAUCUACACUGUCAGAACCCGAUCGCCGAAGGAGACACGACCGCACGUGGCCUAUUUGAUUCAGGCAUACCGACCUGAGUGUGCCAUUUGGGAGGCCAGCCUUGUCUUGCCGGAUCGACCCUAUAGUCGUAGCCUGAAGAGCGCUUCCUUUCAAGGGUUAAAGGGUUACCGGUUACCACAAGGUUUUUAUUAG